AUGACUGCGCCCCAACCGCCUCCACUCUCCAACAUACGCGUUCUCGAGUUCGCGGGCCUGGCUCCCGGGCCUUUUGCUGGCAUGCUCCUGGCCGACUAUGGUGCAUCCGUCCUCCGUCUCGACCGCGCACCCGGUACUCCGACCACUGACCAGCUCACGCGCCGCAAGACGUCGAUAUGCGUCAACCUCAAGUCACCCGCCGGCCUCGCACUCAUCAAGAAAAUUAUACCACGAGUAGAUAUCCUUAUUGAUCCCUUUCGUCCCGGUGUGCUCGAAAAAGCGGGCCUGGAUCCGGAAAAAGUGCUGUUGAAACUGAAUAAGCGACUCAUCAUUGCGCGUAUGACGGGCUUCAGGAGAGACGGAAAGUACGCGCAAAUGGCGGGCCACGACAUCAACUACAUUGCUGUAUCGGGAGUGUUGAGCAUGUUUGGCCGAAAGGGCGAGAAACCGUAUCCGCCAGGCAAUGUGGUUGGCGAUUUCGCCGGAGGAGGCGCGAUGUGUUUUGUCGGCAUACUGCUUGCGCUUCUGGCGCGUGAGCGUAGUGGCUUUGGACAGGUUGUGGAAGCGAACAUGGUGGACGGAAGUGCUAUACUUGCAACUAUGCCUCGAUUGGGCUUGAAGACAGAGGUGUGGAAACGCGAGCGUGGUACCAAUAUGCUGGAUGGUGGUGCGCCUUUCUACGAUACCUAUGAGACCAAGGAUGGGCGCUAUAUGGCUGUCGGAGCGAUUGAACCGCAGUUCUAUGCUGCGCUGCUAAAGGGCAUGGGGCUUGAAGCAUCGGAUCUACCUGGAAGCAGGGAUAACAUGGCCGAUUGGCCCAAGUUGAAGGACUUUUUCACGGCAGAAUUCAAGAAAAAGACGCGUGCCGAGUGGGAGGCUAUAUUCGAUGGUACAGACGCGUGCUGCACACCCGUCUUGACCCAAGCAGAGCUGGAGGAACAGGGAUUCGACCAGCGACCUGCUGUUACGUUAAAGACUUCGCCUGGCUAUGCGAUCCACGAAGGCAAUGAUGAGAGAACUGCGGCCGAGGGUCAGGGUAUCGGUUGGAAGGGUAGUGGGUGGAGUGAGAAGGGGCUAAAGCCAGGAAGUGGAGGAGAAGAUACAUUGAGCACGUGGAUGGGAUGGACCAAGGGAAGGCACUACGUCGAGGAGCAGGGUGGGUUGGUAUGGAAGGAUGCUGCGAAGCUAUAG